AAUAUUUAAUGCUUACACACAUCUCUAUCUCUUCAAAAAUAUAUACAAUUCCUCCCAUUCCUCUGUUUUUUGUCUAUAAACUUUUGUAGAAUCAAUACGUAUUAUACCCAUUUGAAAAGUUGAUGAUUUCAGGGUGAUUGAGAAUCAAGGGUUGUGUAUUUUAGAUCAACUUUUUGAAUCUUGAGAUGCUUAUGUUUGAUGAAAUGGGAUUUUGUGAACAACUUGGUGUUUUUUGUGCUCAAAACGUGCAAGGCGAGAUGAACUCUAUUCCAACGGAAACAGGAACUGUUAUGGAUGACGAUUUUUCAGAUGAAGAAAUUGAUGUUGAUGAAUUAGAAAGAAGAAUGUGGAGGGAUAAAAUGAAACUAAAAAAGCUCAAAGAAUCGUCAAGUCAGGUGAAAGAAAACGUCAGUGCAGCCAAACAACAGCAGUUUCAAGAGCAAGCAAGAAGGAAGAAAAUGUCAAGGGCACAAGAUGGAAUAUUAAAGUACAUGUUAAAGAUGAUGGAAGUAUGCAAGGCGCAAGGUUUCGUUUAUGGGAUUAUACCGGAAAAAGGGAAGCCUGUUAGUGGUGCUUCUGAUAAUCUCCGGGAAUGGUGGAAAGAUAAAGUUCGGUUUGACCGUAAUGGGCCAGCAGCUGUAGCCAAGUUUCAAGCGGCAAAUUCAAUCCCUGGAGAAAAUGAGACAUCGACUUCAAUUGGGCCUACACCACAAACAUUACAAGAGCUUCAAGACACCACACUUGGUUCAUUAUUAUCAGCUCUCAUGCAGCAUUGUGAUCCUCCACAACGGCGGUUUCCAUUGGAAAAGGGGGUUCCACCACCGUGGUGGCCAACUGGUAAUGAAGAAUGGUGGCCGCAGUUGGGGUUACAGAAGGACCAAGCUGGACCUCCUCCUUAUAAAAAGCCACAUGAUUUAAAGAAAGCCUGGAAAGUUGGUGUUUUGACCGCUGUUAUCAAGCAUAUGUUUCCAGAUGUUGCUAAGAUUAGGAAACUAGUGCGGCAGUCGAAAUGCUUACAAGAUAAAAUGACCGCCAAAGAAAGUGCAACAUGGCUAGCCGUAAUUAACCAGGAGGAGUCGUUUGCCAGAGAACUUUACCCUGAGCUAUGCCCGCCAGUCAUGUCAUCAGGCUGGAGUGGCUCGUUCGCAGUUAAUGAGGAUGCUGGUGAAUAUGAUGUUGAAGUUGGUCACCAGGAGCCUGAACCCAACUUUGACUUGCAGGAUAUUAAACCAAACAAUCUUGGUUCAGUCAAUUAUCAAACAGUUGACUCCAGUGUGCCAGAUAGAAAGAGGAAGUCCCCUCCAGUAAAUGAGGUUAUUGAUCACAAGAUUUACACUUGCGAGUUUGUAAAAUGCCCUUACAGUCAACCAUUUCACGGGUUUCUUGACCGAACGUCAAGAGAUAAUCAUCAAAUGAACUGCUCUUAUAGAAAUGUUGGGGUUCGUAAUUUUCGUUUUGUCCAACCAAAACAAGCGGUUGGUAGUCCUCUAGUCGCUGAACCCGCAGAUCCUUUUGAUUUAACAAAUUUAGGAGUUCCUGAAGAUGGUCAAAAGAUGAUCAACGAGCUUAUGUCAUUUUACGAUACAAAUAUCCAAGAAAACAACACAAAGCCCGAGCCCAGAAACUUAUCUAGUUUGAAUGAUCUAUUUCCUCGACAACAAAACCUCAAGUUUCAAGAAGGCAACACAAAGCCUGGCCAGAGAAACAUGGUGGGUUCAGAUGACCCAUUUCUUGGUCAACUAAAUAUGCAAUAUCACGAGAGCAACUUUCUUCACCACGGAUUUGAAACUAACAUAACACUUUCACAACAAGCUCACAGUUUCAACAACAUUCAUCAAGAUGGUUUCAAGAUGAUGUUUGGUUCUUACAACACGGAUUACACGUUGCCAAAACGGCAAGACGGACCAGUCUGGUUCUAGCUAGAAUGGAAGGUUAGAACCGCUUAUGGUGUUUUCAAUCAGAUGGAUUUUAUGUUCUUAUAUGAGUAAUUAACUAUAUAUAUUAGAUAUGCAUUAUAUAUCAAAGGUGGUCUAGAUUUGGUAUAUCAGACAAUGCCUGCUGGAGAUUGAAAACAAAACAAAUGAUGGUGUUCUGAUGUUUUAUAAAUAAAAAAAUCUAUAUAUAUUGUAGUAGAAUUUAUAUCCUUUCUUGACCUAUAAAGAUAGAGUAUAUUUCUCAUGUGCAAAAUCAAAUAUCUUUGAACU